GAUAAACAUGGCGGUUUAGAGAUCCUAUUGUCUUUUUUAUGUUUACGCUGUAUUUUGCCCCAUCAAGUUGAUUGGAAAACCUUUGAUCCGAUGUCUCAUCGAAAGACAACUAAACGUAGAAGAGAAUUAGCUGGAGAUGAUGACUUCUCCCCGUCUUUCUUCCCGCAAAAGAAGCGAUCGAAAUCGCAAGAACAAAAUACUCAAACGAACGAAAGGCUACAGGAUAAUCUGUCGAUGGAAGAAACUGAAACUGGUGUUAGAAGGUCAUCAAGGACUCCUAAACCAAAAGUAUUUGACGAUGAAGAGACUGCAGUUAUCAGUCGAAGUCCUGACGUAACUUUAAGUCCAAAACCAAGUGACUUUGAAAUAACUCAAUCAGUAGCCAGUCAGCCUUCCAAUAAAUCCAAAUUAACUUCGCCCACAGACGACGCUCCGAUUGCCAAGAAACCUAAAAAAAUAAGUUCUUCAGCCACUUUUGACGAGGGCCAUAAAAGAGAAACGAGACGAAGUUAUCAAAGUUAUCUGAAAGAAAUCGAAACAGAUACGGAAGUUUUCAAGGAUGCUAUUGUUAAGGUGGUUGAGGAUCGAACACCAAAGCUCACUGAAAAUAUUCAGAAGGAUAAAAAAGAAACAGGAUCUUCAAAGACACGGAUUAAGAAAGAAACACAAGCAGAUUUUUCUCCAAAAGUCAGGACAUCUUCUAGAACCCCAGUUCCUAAAAGGAUCUUCUCUCUGCUUGAAGAGGGAGAGAAGGAGGAGAAGAAACCAGAGGUAUCUGUGAUCCCAGAGGAUACAAUUGAGCCAGUACAUAUACCAUCAACGUCUCCUAAAAUGAGGGUCUCCUCAAGGGCUCAUCUACCAAAAAAGAGCUUUCAUUUAUUGGAGAAGGAUGAUGUUAGGGAAACAAAACAAGAUGUGAUAGAGAAUAGCAGAACAAGAACUCCAAAAGUUCAAGGUAGCAAGAAAAGUAAAUCCAAAGAGGGAAGAAAUGAUCAGGAACUGUUAAGGAACACACCAGAAAAUUCCGAUGAACCAUCUCCAAAAAUCAGAAUUUCUUCACGAGGUCACAUGCCAAAAAGAACUUUCUCACUUCUUGAAGGUGACGAGGAUGACAAGAAUAUAGAAGAAAAUAGAAAUCAGUCGCCAAAUACACUCAGGGAUGACAAUGGUAUGUCACAGACUCUUACUGAGUUCCAAAUUACAACUGUAGACCUAAAGGAACCAAAGAGGCGAAGGAGUUCCAGCAAUCAACAAUUAAAUAAACCAAAAUCAUCUCCUAAGGAAGAGGUAAACUUGUUUCCAGACCGUGAAAGUGAAGUAUCACUUAGCACAGCAGACAAAUUAGAUGUGUCUAAAAGCAUCAGUGUGAGUAUUCAAGAAUCUGGUGAAGUGUAUGUGGGAAGAAAGAAGUCAGAAUAUUCUAAAGAUGAUCAGGAUAGAGGAAAGAUGAAUAAACGAAAGGGUAAACCUGUGAAAAAGAAGAUUAUGCAAUCAGAAGAAGUUCAGAUGGCAACAUUAACAGCAUUCAAAGUGAGAGCUGAAUCUGACCAUUGUACUGGUGAAGAAACAUCAUCAACUCCAAAGCCAGCCAAACCUAAAAGCACACCUAAAGUUAAACAAGCUGAUAAAUCGUCAACAAAGAAAGGCAGUAGUGUUGGAAAAGGAGUCAUGAAGGAGGAUGGUGUAGAAAACAAACUAGGAUUUUCACAGAGUGAUAUUGUUACCAGUGAUGAUAAUUCAGCAAGUGAUUUAAACGCUGGUGCAUCAAAUGUGAAAAGAAAGGGAAAGAUCAUGAAAAGUAGUAAACAGAAGGCUAGCAAACACAAGGAUACGGUGUCUGAGGAGCUAGAGAAAGUAAAAAGUAACCAUGACAGUGAAGAUAAAGGACAUGAACAUAUCAUCCUAAAAUUACAGCUUCCUCAAUCAGAGGAUGGAACAAAACAUAAGAAACAUCAUCAUCAUCAUCACCAUCAUCAUAAGCACAAACAAGCAUCUAGAAAUCACAAAGAUGGAUCACCGAAAACAUCACAUCACAAGAAACCUGCUGCUAAAUUACAUCCUGAUGGCAGUCAAACAGCCCCAGCCUCAGAGAAAAACAAGAAAAAGAUUUCAAUCAAAUUCAAAGGCCUUUCCAAUAGUAAUGUAGAAAUGGUGAGCAAUGCCUUAGAACAAAGCAGCAAUACAGUGAAUUUACCUGAGCAAUCAAAGGAAGGCAAUAAAAAGAAAAAGAAACAAAAAUUACCAAGUUCCCAGAAUGAAAAGCAUCUAGCAUCACCAUCACAAACUGAAAGUGAACAUGUUAAGUUAGUCAUAAAAAAAGAGAAGAUUCCCACCAGCAGUAAGUCUGAUGAAGUGAAGAAAAAGAAGAACACUAAACCAACAACACUGGCAGUAGACCAUCAGAAAAAGAAAGGCUCUUCUAAAACAGAGAGCAAGAAAGAAACAUCAGCUUCAACUUCAGCCAAAAGAAUCAAGUCACCACAGAAGCCCAAGGUAGUGACAUCCUAUCUGCUCUUCUGCAAGCAACAGCGGAAGAGAAUUGCAGAGGAAAAUCCUGGAUUAGAGUUCACAGAAAUCAGCAAGAAAGUUGGCAUUGCAUGGAACAACCUCAAGGAUGAUGAGAAGGAGUGUUGGCGGAAAAAGGCAGAAGAAGUCAAGAAAUCUCUUGGACUCAGCAGCCCAAACGCUGUGUCUGUGCCCAAAGAAGGACAAGCUGAACCCAUUGAUUUGGCAGCCCAUUUGCAGCUCUUGGGGGAGUCCUUGUGUACAGUUGGAGCCUGUCUACGAGUACAGGACCCAGGUGAAGUUCAUGGCAGCUUGUCUGUGCUAUUAGACUCAGCCCUCUGUGCCAUAUCCCCUUUAUUGUUCCUAACAUCACAAAUACCUGAAAUGGAUGGCUGCUCCAAAAAAACCCAGACUGAGGUGCUGGACAAUCUUGCUUAUGUAAUGCCUGGCCUGGGAUGAAACAAAAUCAUCAAAUAUGCAGCAUCAUGUCAAGAACCAUUGUAACAGUAGUAGAUCGCACUGGAAGUGUGGGAGUAUGGAUUGAAAUUGACACAGCCUAAAUGCAAAGAUGUGACCAGCAGCAUUUUGCUUUCAUUUUAUUUAAAAGUUAUUUGUCAGCCAUGGUUGGUUCACAGUGGGAGAAACUGGGCCAAAGGUCCUGAUUUCAAUACAAAGGGCUCAGUUUUUUCCAGUUAUCUUUUUUAGUUUUGUUCUGCCCCUAGGACCAUUAUGAUUGUACAAUUCUGUGAAUUCAUCUCACACAGCAAAAAAAAAAAAAAUAUAUAUAUAUAUAUAUAUAUGAUUAAGAGAUCUUUAAAUUCAAAGUUGAAUAUGACUGUUAGUGCAAGAUCUUAUGAGUAAAUUUUCAGCUUGUUAGAAAACUUUCCAUGAUAGCCAAGUAUUGCAGACAGUAUAUGACAAUCUUUUGUAAAUAUAAUUUUUAUCGGUGCAUUUGUUCAAAAAGCAACAAUUCCCCAUAAGAUCAAAAGCUGCAUGGAGAUAGCACCUAAUGAACACAUUUUAAAACAUAUUUUAGUUGAUAUUUUUCACUUCUUUACAGUCAAUAUAGAGUAAAAUUUCCAGUUAGCUAUUGACUUUGUUUAGCAAAGCAAAAAGUGUAGAUGGGAGGACAAAUUUAGGUUUCCCCUUUCCCAUAACUUACUUGUAGGAUUCUAAGUUACUAAAGAAGUUUUUUUCUUCAACCCACUGACACACUGUCAUGUAGUAAUACUAUACAUUAUUAACUCAUUACAUAUUUAUCACA